CGAGUGGUGAGACACGGUGGUAUCAGUCUUUGGUAAAACUUGUCGUUAGUUCACAUUAGACUUGCAGCUUCUAUCCCCAUUUCAGAAAAAUGAAAUACGCUACAGCAGUUCUGAUUUUAUCCGGCCUGAUGGCUAUAGUUUCUGCAUCCGAGAUAUUCUCAUCAUUUAAUCACGCAGCAGAUGAUGGGGUUUCUAACAUUCAAAGUAAUGCAGCCAAAUUAAGUCAAGCUGCUCAGGAUGGGCCAGCAAAUAAUCACAAUGAUUCAAAAAAUUAUGAAUCUGAUGCAAAUAAUCAGUCUCUGUCUGAUAAAAAGAAUUCAAAGGAACAUGGAUCUACCGAGUCUAAAAAUGAGAACGAUAAAGAAAAAUCAAGUGGCGAGUCUGACAAGAAUAAUGAUGAAGUUGUUGGAGAAUCUGAUUCAAACAAAGGUGAACCGUCAACUGAAUCAAAAAACGAAAACGAUAAAGGAAAUGGCAGGGAUGAAUCUGACUCAAAAGUAAAUGGACCUCACAAAAUGCCUUUCUAGAAAAUUGUUCCAAUCCAGAUAAAGUUAAGAAUAUCACCAUUAUUUAAAAAAAAAAACCAAACAAAUACUAAGUUUGGAAAUCGAAAUAAAUGACUAUAAAGCAUAUUAA